UCGAUGUCUCAAACAAGAGAAGCCAGCACCCACUUCGGGAAGCUUUAAUUAGAGUGACGAACGCCAGUUUCUUGCAUAGUCCCCUCGAUAUGGCUCCGACAGAACCAAAUGCACCGCCUUUCCAACAACAGGGCCAUGUGCCUAACUCCCUAGAGGAACGCCUGGGCCGGGGAGGCUACAUUGUAUGGGAAGUACCCGGAGACGAAGAAACAAGUUGCCCAGAUAUGGACCAGAUAUGGCUCCCCAGUGCCGCCAGAGUUUCAAAUGCGGCCACUUCCUUAGACGAAUCCAUAUUUGGGAGGUGUUCGAUAGAGGUAUUACAUUGCAUUAUGCAAUGGGGCCGAAGUUGAAGGAUAUUCCCGAAGUCUCGUGGAAAUACGUGCUGGAGGAGAAGUCCCCCGACAGGAUCCAAGCGCUGCAGUUCCCUUGGAACGGAAAAUUUCCUAGAAGUCGGCUAAGGAAAUAUUUGCAGGUUUGGUGUGUCUGGUAGUAUAGGCUGAAGGUUGAUGCGGAGGGUUGGCUACCGU